AUGCUAUCUGAUUCUACUGGUGUAGAAGCUGGUCCUUGGAUUUGCAUGAGCCAGAUCUUUGUCUCCAACCUUGCCGUCGUUCACUGCCAAGUGCAUCCAUCGUCCGCCGCCAUCAACGGUUCGCCGCCAUCAACGGUUCGCCGCCAUCAACCGUCGACAACGAAGCUUAUUCUCAACAUCAAUAUCCACGGGCUCACUGAAAUCGGAACUUGGUUCCAACCUAUCGGCUGUUCACUGCCCUGUUCAUCCAACGUCCACCGCCAUCAAAAGGUUCGCCGCCAUCAACGGUUCGCCGCCAUUGACAGUCGACAACGGAGCUUAUUCUCAGCAUCAAUAUCCACGGGCUCACUGAAAUCGGAACUUGGGUCCAACCUCUCGGCCGUUCACUGCCCUGUUCAUCCAACGUCCACCGCCAUCAAAAGCCUAACGAACCUGGUUGUACUGCCCGGCCACCUUCCCCUCCAGUAGAAGAUACUGCCAUUGAUAUCAGGC